CUGGCGAGGCGGCCUCUGCCGGGCCGGAAGUGCGGACUGCGUCGGGGACUGGCGGCGAUGGAGCAGGCCGAGGCGCACAACGGCAGCGUGGCCGGCGAGGCUCCGUCGGCGGGGGCGGCCGCGGCCAGGCCCCCCGCCACCCCGGAGGGCAUGGCCCUGGCCUACGGCAGCCUGGUGGUCAUGGCCCUCCUGCCCAUCUUCUUCGGGGCGCUGCGCUCCGUCUCCUGCGCCAAGGGCAAGAAUGCCUCAGAUAUGCCGGAGACCAUUACCAGCCGAGACGCUGCCCGCUUUCCUAUUGUUGCCAGCUGCACCCUCUUGGGCCUUUAUCUCUUCUUCAAAAUAUUUUCUCAAGAAUACAUCAACCUGCUGCUCUCCAUGUACUUCUUUGUCCUUGGGAUCUUGGCCCUUUCUCACACCAUCAGCCCCGUGAUGAACAAGUUCUUCCCAGCCAAUUUUCCUAACAAACAGUACCAGCUCCUCUUCACUCAGGGCUCGGGGGAAACCAAGGAAGAGAUCGUGAACUACGAAUUCGACACCAAGGACCUGGUGUGCCUGGCCAUGAGUAGCGUCGUCGGCGUCUGGUACCUGCUGAGGAAGCACUGGAUCGCCAACAACCUCUUCGGGCUGGCCUUCUCUCUCAACGGGGUGGAGCUGCUGCACCUGAACAACGUCAGCACGGGCUGCAUCCUGCUCGGGGGCCUCUUCGUUUAUGACGUCUUCUGGGUCUUCGGCACUAACGUGAUGGUGACCGUGGCAAAGUCAUUCGAGGCGCCCAUAAAACUGGUUUUCCCCCAAGAUCUGCUGGAGAAAGGCUUGGAGGCUGACAACUUUGCCAUGCUGGGCCUGGGGGACAUAGUCAUUCCAGGAAUCUUCAUUGCUCUGCUCUUGCGUUUUGACAUCAGCCUGAAGAAGAACACGCACACGUAUUUCUACACCAGUUUUGUGGCUUAUAUUUUCGGGCUGGGGCUCACGAUCUUCAUCAUGCACAUCUUCAAACAUGCUCAGCCGGCUCUGCUGUACCUGGUCCCAGCGUGCAUCGGCUUCCCUCUCCUGGUGGCUCUGGCAAAGGGAGAAGUGACGGAGAUGUUCAGCUACGAAGAGAACACCACCCCCAAGGAGGUGCCAGGGGAUGCCAAAGAAGGGAAGACGGAGCUGGAAAAGAAGGAGAAAUGACGUGGGGCAGCUCAGCAGGGCUGGGCUUGGUGUGCUUCUCCCCCCCCCCCCCAACGCAAGUGAUUUUUUUUUUCAAGACGAAGCGGAUUGUGUAACGGCCAUGUGUAUCUGUAUGUGUGCAUCUGCCUGAAGAGCUUGAGGGGGGAGGCAGGGUGCCCCUGACCGUGUACCUACCUGUGCAAAGCUCUUCCUGUUCCACAGGAGAAGGAUGGAGCCGAAGCCAGGUAGGCUUUCCCCCCUUCAAAAGCCUUCAAUGCACUCUCUCAUUUUAUUUGUCUUGGUGCGAUACAGAAAAUAUGGGGGCGGGAGGGGCGGGGGACAUGAUUUUUAAAUUUUGUAUCGUGGAUUUGCUUCCUCUCGUAUUAAAAAAAAUAUUGAAGGACUGGCUCACAGCUGGGGCUCUCCGGUUCUGUUGUGGCCCCCUGGGAGCGGGGAACGGGCUGGAGCUUGCACGGCCCGGGCACGAUUCACUUGCAGGUGCAAAGAGGAGAUCCCUGCGGAAGGCGCCGUUGGGAAACAGGACUCUUCUCCCUCUGCGAUGGCCCCUUCCUUCGCCUGGAGCAAAACCCAAUAUGUUAUUUUUACCAUUUUGAGUCCAUUGCCGCGUGGUAUUCAUAGAGGUCUGGCUGCUGCACUGUAUCAUUUUCCUGGUGCGAGUUGCCACGCCUUGUCCUUGGAUAAAGAGUGCCCCUGGCCUACAGAUGAAUCCAGAGUGAAGCUGGCAUGGCUGCCUUUCGGCGCAGCAAGACAAAGGCAUCUCAGAAGUGACUGGAAAGCAGCAACCAUUGUGUGGAAGGUUGACUAAAUGGUACCUGGAGUCUCCGCAGCGGGUCCCGAAAGACUUCCACCUGCCUUAUUGCCUUGUGCACAGUUUGAUUCACACACCCCUCUUCUACUUUCCCUUGGGCACCUCUCCUAAAUAUAUAGGCUAAAAAUGUGAGUGGCAAACUGCUUUGAAAGGGAUGGGUAUUUCCUGUGGUGGGGAUCCUUUGCCCAGGAAAAAAAAAGAUUCCAGGGCCAUGUCUAAGUAUUGGGAAACCAUGAAGCCCAAGAGAGCUUUGAAAAGGUCACAGUUGAGAUAGAAGGUUUCCAGCUGUUAGCGGAAGCCCCCUCCCCUUCUGUUUGGGAGCAAGAGAUAAGUUCACCGAUUGGUGGUUCACCUGGCCAGAGUUCCGAACUUCCUUCCCGUGUGCAUGGUGGGCCCUCCCCACAAAGACGAUCUGGAAACGGAGGCAAUUGCCUGUUCAUUAAUCGAUGAAUUCACUGCUGCUUAAGCAAUAUGUGCAGGGCAGUGGUGAUGGUAAUGGAUUCCACUGGUGAUGGUAAUGGAUUCCACUGGUGAUGGUAAUGGAUUCCACUGGUGAUGGUAAUGGAUUCCACUGGUGCUUCCCCCUCCAGGGUUGCAAACUCUUGCUUAAUCCACGGCCACUCUCUGCAUGCAAAGCCUCCUGUCUCCUCAAGCAGCAGAAGUUCCCAGUUUGCAAAAGGUUUUCUAAAGGGGGUGUGGCAAAAAACCCUUCGAGAUACUCACUGAAGCCGGUAGAGACAUUUUCCUGCCAAGAAUGGAGACCUCUGGUAUUGGGACUCCAGCAGAAACAGUCCCCUGUGAAAUCAGGUGCCACUCGCAAGGCCUUUGUCCCACAGAAGUGAAGCUUGGCACGUCUGGUGGGGUGGUGAGGGUUUGGGGACCUUUUCCUCAUGGCAUUUUCUCAAAGGGAGUAACCUGAGUAAUCUCUCUGUGGCUGAGGUUGAACAGCUUACCGCCAAGUGGCCUGCGCCCCAGGGAUCUUGUCCACUAGCAGUGAUGUUUUCCUCCUGGACAAAAAGAGCCUUCCUGUGAUGUGAGGCACUUCACUGGGGGAAGGCACUGCUGCCGGCAGAACGGAUCCGUGGCUAGUAGACUCUCAGAGGAACCGUAUAGACGUACCAAUAUGGAGGAGGAAACACACGGUGGUAUUUUCCACGUAAUCAGUUGCUGUGGUGAGCAUGUUGAAUAAGCACGUCUGGGUUGUAAAUGUACCUAGCAGGGUGUGCAGCUCGCCUCUGUCCCAUUGGAUUUCUGAAAAGAACCUAAUGCGCCUGGAGCACAGGAGCGCAGCCUAGCACCAGGCCCGGGCUAGAGAAGUGCAGGCUUCUCUGUUAGAGGGAACAGAUUUUUGCUUCUGGCGCAGUUGAGAUGAGUGUGUGUGUGUGUUAUGUUCUGUCAAGUCGCCUCCGACCUAGGGCGAUCCUAUGAAUGAGAGACCUCCAAAACCACCUAUUAUUAACAGACCUGCUCAGGUCUUGCAAACUGGAGGCCGUGGCUUCUUUGAUUGAGUCCAGCCCUCUCGUUUUAGGUCUUCCUCUUUUCCUACUGCCUCUGCUUUCCCCAGCAUUAUUGACUUUUCCAGAGAGUCUUGUCUUCUCCUGAUGGGAUCAAAGUACGAUAGUCUCAGUUUUGUCAUUUUAGCUUCUAGGGAGAAUUCAGGCUGUUUAUCUGGUAUACGUUUUGUGUUUUGCAUAGAGAUGGUCACAGACUGGAUACGGGGUGUUUUCAUGGUCUUCUAAGCCCCGUUGUUCAGUUAUCUGUCUCUAAAUAACAUACACGAGGUUGCCGGUAAUUGUAUUGGUCCAAAGACAGAUGCAGAAACAAAAAUUGUAAUAUCACAAAAUGUCGAGCAAGCUUUUGAAUUCUCCAGAGCGCUUAAUCAAGCUGGAUGUUCAGGAGCUGCUUCAGGAACUGCCCUUAAGGGCGAUUUCCACCCACCACUAAUUCUCUACAGGAUUCUCUUUGUCUUCUCCAAUCCCAUCUUUCAUUGUUUUUUUUUUUAAUCCGUCCUCUGAAGAAUUCUGUAAAACAUGAAAACUUGCAUACUGUGUUGUGAUUCUUUGGUCCUAAUUUAAGGAAUUGUGUGUGAACAUCCAACGAAUGGGGAUCUGGUCUCCCAAAUGCUCCUUUCUGUUCUCAGAACUGUCCCUUUUGCCUAAAUUUUUGAGUGACGCUUGGACUUUGCUGACCUUUACCUUUCCAAAGUGUUGGCUCCCAUUGCUGAAUUCUUCUUUGUCGGCUGCAAGUACCGCUCAGAAACAAGUGUCUACAGCAAAUGCUGCAUGAACGUCCUAAAAACCCACCUCGAACCAUAUGCUUACUUUUUCCUGCCCUCAAGCUGUGUUUUUAUUUUGUAACCUCCAGCCUCGGGAAGAGUUCUGGGGAGCUUGAAAGCUGGCACAAUGCUUUGUGUCACUUUGGUUAGCCCUAAUAAAAAGGCAUUGCAUGGGUUUUA